CAACAAAACGACAUCGUUGCCAAGGAAGUGCAAUCUAAGGAGUCAUAGCAGCGCUAACGUUAUAUUUGUGUCUUUUCUGUUUGAUUUCAUGAAACUGAAAAUGAACGCAACUUAACUCGAACUCCCUUGCUCUAACCACAAAAUACACAUUUCGUUGGCACAACGUUAUCAAAGCUAGUUGACUAGAAUUAUCUCCACCGUAGUCAGCUAAUCUAGCUAUAGAGGGGAACAAUACCCCAUACCAAUAUUAACUGAUUUAGGGGGAUUUAGCUAACGCUCAACUUUGUAAUGCGCUCCCAGAAACCCCAGAAUAGUAACGUUAAUAAGGGAAGAUUUCUUACUCCCACGGUUAAUUUAAAAUUACGCCUGACAGCUAUGAACACACUUGCCCCGGAGCGACUAGCGCAGAGACGGCUGGACCUUCGACUGUACAAAGAACUUUCCAAAGAAACGGCCAUAGACCCACUGAAAACGAGCCCUCAAAAGCCAGCAGAAAGCAGGCUCAGCCUUCACAAUGGCGGCAGGCCUCUCCGAGGGUUUGACUGCGAGUUCACAGGCCCUGAGUGUACCCUUCUGUCGUUCCCUGCUGCGGCUCCCUGUGGCUUCACAGGCGACACGGGCCAGCAGCCCCACAGAGUCAGGUCCCGUCGUGCCGCCCACAGUGCCGAUCCCACCUACGCUCACAGCAACCCCAGCCUAUCUCAGGCAGCAGGUGAUAGAAGGCAUUUCAUGGAGAAUACUCCUCCCAGUUUCCCCCUUGCCUUCCGGUCUCGCGAGGACUGUACUUCCAACCCUGAGCGUCUGGACAUGGACAGGCGUGGCCUGGAGGAGUGCCCCCUGCUGGAGGGGGAGGAGAGGCUGCGGCUGCUCAACUUCCAGCACAACCUCAUCUCCCGCGUCGAGAACCUCUCCCACCUGCGGCGCCUGGUCUUCCUGGACCUGUAUGACAACCGCAUCGCGGAGAUGUCCGGCAUUUCGGCCCUCGCCUCGCUGCGCGUGCUGAUGCUGGGCAAGAACAGAAUCAAGAGGAUUUGGAAUCUGGACUCCUUGACGAAACUGGACGUUCUCGACCUGCACGGCAAUCAGAUUGCGCAGAUAGAGAACCUCUCCCACCUGUCGGAGCUGCGUGUGCUGAACCUGUCGGGGAACCGUAUCAGCCGGGUGGAGGGCCUGCAGGGCCUGGACUCCCUGACCGAGCUCAACCUGCGGCACAACCGCAUCUCCUGCGUGACGGAGGUGGACAGGCUGCCCUUCCUGCAGCGCCUCUUCCUCAGCUGCAACUGCAUCGGCAGUUUCGAUGACCUGACCUGCCUGGGAGAGUCCUGCUCCCUCUCGGAGCUCACCCUGGAUGGGAACCCCGUUGCCCAGGAGACAUGGUACAGGCAGACCGCCCUGCGCUGCAUGCUUCAACUGAAACAGCUGGACAUGAAGCGUGUCACAGAGGAGGAGAGGCGCAUGGCGUGCGUUUUGGCUCGGAAGGACGAUGAGAGAAAGCGAGAGAGCCACAAGCAGGCCGUCCACAAGGAGAAGCGUCGGCAGGCCAUCCGGAACGCGGCGCAGCAGUGGGAGGGCCUGAAGGCCAGCCUGGAGCCACCAGCACAGAACGGCACCAAGGAGGAGGUCAGCCCUGAACACAGCCCCGCCCAGGCCAAUGGGCUCCCUCAGCCCCUUUCCCCCGAAGAGCUCAGGCGGGUGAGUCCAGUGGGAACCCCAGAGAGACCAGCAGGGGGCAGUGAAGGGAAAACACGCUCAGCCAGCCGACCUGGCAGCCCUCGGUCCUCCGAGGCAGGGGGCGCCAGCGCUCAGAGCCUGUCCUUAUCUGACAGUCACCUGGCCGAGCUGGACGGGGACACUCUCCGCCUGUUCGGACCGGGAGCGCUGGAGGCUCUGGAGCGAGGCUGGGGCGUGCAGACGGCGGGAGCCGUCACCGCCAUCACGUUCCGCUACAUCCCCUUCGACGGCAUAGUGCCAACACUGCCACGCAUUCGGGUGAAGUUCCCCAACUUAUCGCAUCUGGUCUUCCUGGAGGCCAACAUCAGUCGGCUGCCGCAGUUAGCGGCACUGGCCCAGGUGAGGCGUCUGGACCAGCUGACCAUCCAUCCCGAAGGGAACCCAGCGGUCAACCUGGCGCUGUGGAGGCCCUUCGUCAUCUACCGGCUCAACCACUUAAACCUGCAGAAGAUCAACGGCCAGGAGGUGACCACGGACGACGUCAUCGCCGCCGAGAGGCUUUUCGGAACCCUGGGCCACAUCGCCACCGCGGAAACCCCGCACAGCCGCCUGCUGCUGCUCCUAGAAGAAUCUCGGAAGCGUCAGCUGCAGUUCCUCCUGGACGGCCGCGGCCGCCGGGCCGGCUUGAGUCCCGAGGAGCUGCGUGAGAACGGCAAGCUGUUGGGGGAGGGGCUGAGCCGGGCGCUCUUCAACUACCCCAGCCGAGACGCCGGGGCGGAGGGCCCCGAGGAGGGCGCUGUGGAGGCAUCGGAGCGGGCAGAGGUCACCCAGCAGUACCUGCGGGGGCUGGUGCAGCGGGCGUCCGACACCAACGUGAAGGGCGAGUCGCUGCACAAGCUGUGGCCCUCCAUGUUCGUGGAGAUGGUGAGGGACUGCGUGCUGGAGAUGAGGGACCGUCCAGCCUACCGCCAGGCCUGCCUGAACAGGCACGCUCGUGGCAAGUGAGCGGGGGGGGGGGGGAAGGGACUACGCCAAACACCCCCCACCCAGAAACUACGCAAUCCAACCACCCCCACCCCCUUGAUCUCCCAAAGCAGACUGUCUCCCGCAGACUGGUCUCGGCUGAACGGCUCUUAUGGUUUUCCACUGCAACGCUGCUUUUUUUCCCAAAGGACCCAAAUCCUCGCCUCCCAAGGGGCCGUCUUCAAAAUGGCGGUCGAAAGACUAAUAAGUAUGAGGAGCUUCUUCUUGAAUGUAUGUACAUGCUCAUACCAACAUCACUUUGGAAUCUCUUUUCUUUUCGGUUCACUUGCGAGCAAACUGAUUUGCGAGGAUGAGGCUACGCUCCUGACUGAUGGCAAGGUUCUGAUGACGCGUCUUCCGUUCAUGUAAUCCAAAACAGAAGGCCCCGUUUUCCCUGCCGUGUUGGAUUCCACUUCAGUUUUUUUUUUAAAAAUCUUUUUUAUUUUUGUUCAAGCUGUCAGUGUACAUUCUUCCAGUACAGAUGGGCCCAGCUAGAAUAUAAGAAGAGAGUAAGAAUAUUUUGGAAGAGGACAAAAUGGGAACACAAUGCAUUUUAGUUUCCCAACACUGUAUUUGUGUUUUAUUUAGUGUUUGAGUCCUUAGUAAUUAACAAAUUAACUCAAUUAAAAUUAAAUGCCGUUUAAAUAUA